AUGCGGGUUUCUGAGAAAUAUUGCCCCUGGAUUGACAAGGAUCUUAGGGAUUUGAUGCACACAAGAGACAAACUAAAAAAAUCAGCAGUCAAAGGUAAAUCCUCAAUACUUAUGGACUCUUACAGAAAGAUCCGUAAUAAGGUCAAUGCCCCUUAUGUUCGGUUGAAGAAGCAGCAUUAUACCGAUAGGAUCUCUGCAUGUAAAGGUAAUAUGAAAGAAUCUUGGAAAGCAAUUAAUGAACUUCUCAACAAGAGAUCAAAAUCAAGUAGCAUUGAUUGUCUCAUAGAAUAUGGUACAGAAACGCAGAAGAAAAAGGAUGUUUUUAAUGCAAUGAACAAUUUCUUUUGCACUAUAGGUAGGGAUCUAGCAGAUAAAGUACAACCUGCCGCUAAUCCCCUUCUAACAGGUAACAGGUCUAACAGGAUUAAGGUUAACAAAGAUAAGGCAAAGUUUAACUUCGAGAUAAUUGAGCUGAAAGAUAUCAGAGAUACAUUUGCCAAGGUUGAGACAACAAAGAGCUUUGGGAUUGACAAUAUCUCUAGUUGCCUUUUGAAGCUUGCUUUGACCUACAUUGGGAACUCUUUGUCUUUCCUGUUUAUCACUUCCAUUGAAACUAGCCAGUUCCCAGAUGCAUGGAAAGUAUCAAGAAUUACUUCGAUUUUUAAAGAUGGAGAUAGGACUGAAAAAUCUAAUAAUCGUCCCAUAUCAGUCUUGCCUGUCAUCUCAAAGCUCUUUGAAAAGCUUGUUUUCAACCAGCUGUACCAGUAUCUGAAAGAAAAUGGUCUCUUUACAUCUGACCAAGCAGGCUUUUUGCGGCUACAUUCCACACAAACUUGUUUGCUUAAAAUCAGUGAUGAAUGGUACAACGGGCUCGAUCUCGGUAAGCUCGUGGGAUUGGUAUUUAUUGGCCUGAAAAAGGCCUUUGAUACGGUCGACCAUGAUGUUAUCUGUAAAAAGCUCGAACUUUAUGGGGUUCAGCAGCAAGAGCUGUCUUGGUUUAGGUCUUACUAA